AUGUUCAUUAGGUUGCAGAAGCGGCUGUUUCUGCAGUCGCACGUGACGAUCAGCGGUCGCGGCGCGAAUGUGAUUAUACGCGGAGGCAUGGUUCUGCAGAACAUCACGAAUGUGAUCAUACACAACGUUGCGACCCCUCUCUCUCCCCCCCCUCUCUCUCCACCCCCUCUCUCUCCACCCCCUCUCUCUCCACCCCCUCUCUCUACACCCCCUCUCUCUCCACCCCCUCUCUCUCCUCCCCCUCUCUCUCCACCCCCUCUCUCUCCUCCCCCUCUCUCUCCCCCCCCCGACACUCCCAUCCGCGCAGUCGGCGACCAGCGCGGCGACCACGACGUGGCGCACAAUGAAAUGAGUGAGCCCAAGAAUCCCCCUCCCCUACUUCCCCUCACCGUCCUCCUGAAGUGCCCCCAUCCCCCUAUACACAACUCCCUCCCCCGCCUCAACACCAACCUCACCAUGCUGCUGGGCACGGAAGACGACGGGGUAUACGAUGUGGACAUGCGAGUGACGCGUGUAAUCAACCUCACCAUGCUGUUAGGAGCGGAGGACGACGGGGUGUACGACGUGGACAUGCGGGUGACGCUCUACCGCAACUGGUUUGACAAGUCGGGGCAGCGACAGCCCAAGGCGCGGUGGGGCAGGGUCCACGGACGGAUCAUGGAUGGAAGGGAAGGGAUGGAGUGGUGGUGGGAUGGAUGGACUUUUGAGGUGCCUCAAAGGACUGAAGCAGAGCGGAGAGGGGUGAACGGUUGCAGGGACGGAUCAUGGAUGGAAGGGAAGGGAUGGAGUGGUGGUGGGAUGGAUGGAGUGAUGGAUGGGGAGAGACAGUGGAAUGGACGGUUGGGAGGAGAGAUGGAGGCAUGGAGGGAUGGAUGA